CUGUGGAACCUCCCUCGCUCGUCUCCCACCCAUAUAAUCCUGUCCUCAAAACCCUAACCCGUCGCCGGACCAAUCACUCGCGCUCCCACCUGACCGAUCGAUAGAAUCCUAAUGGCUUCCAAUUCUAACAAGACCGCCGCGUUCUCUGCCUUUUCCAGCGCCGGUGCCUCUUCAUACGACCAGCUCCUCCUUCAAACCCUCAUGAGCCGCCUUCAGCUCCGCCCACCGUACCUCGACACCAACUCCUUCCUCUCUCACAGCCUCGACGACUUCCUCCUGGGUGACCGCGGCUCCGACGCGGAUGGCUCCGAUGGCGACGACGAGGGGGAUGACGAGGACAGCGGCGAAGGGUCGAAGAACCGCCGGCUCCUCGCCAAGGAGGAGGCCAAAUUGGAGAAGGAGAUCGUGCGGAUCGUCCGCUCCGGCAACGCCGUCGAGGCCCUCAAGGCCAAUUCUGGCCAGUCGGUGGCCAUCGGUGACCACAACAUCUGUGUCGCCGUCCACGAGGAGCCCGGGUCCGAGUACCGGGUGUGGGAGUGGCACGGACACAUCAUGCUCUUCGAUGAGGAGAACGGGUACUCGGCCGAGUACAUCUACGGGAAUUACUUCGAGAGACUGCCGGAGAAGAAGGGUAGGAAACAGGCCGAUGAUGACGAUGAGGAGGAAAUUGAGGAUGGUCAGGACAAGAGCAAGCUCAAGGCAGGUGGAAGCUUGGGGCUUAGGGAUUUGAUCCAGGACUUGAAGGACUCGAUCAAUAAUGGGGCGGGGAGGGUUCUUCACAGGAACUCCUUGAAAGAUGGAUCAGUGGCAAGGUAAUGGUUUGUAGAUAAGAUCAAAGAUCUAUAUGAUUAGUUUAGCUAUCGCAGCAAUCCAAACAGACUUAUUCUAUAUCUUGUUUGCCUCUGGUAUUCAAAUAACACGAUUUGGCUUAGAAUA